GAGAAGCGGACGCUCCGAUCGGUCCCCGCUGCGCGGAGCGGGGCGGAGGUAGGUCCGGAGUGGUGCAGGCAGCCCGGGAGCAUCUGCCGUGCAGAGUCCGGAGGUGGCAGGAACUCGGAGAACGCGGAUUCGCUGGUUUAAAUGGCCAGGCUACGCCCCGAAGGCGCACCUCGCCGUGCACGGUCCCGCCAGCUCGCCAAGUGGAAAGUAACCCCGACCCGAAAUCGGGACCCGGAGGCCGUGUCCAGCCCUGGAGGGCAGGAGGCCAACGGGAAUGGCGCGGCCCCAGAAGAGCCUGGGGUGGCACCCCGUAACUGAAACGCGGGUUGGAAUUCGAGGCACCAAUAUAGUUGUCCUUGGAGUAGAAAAAAAAUCAGUUGCCAAGCUUCAAGAUGAAAGAACUGUGAGGAAAAUUUGUGCUCUUGAUGACCAUGUUUGCAUGGCCUUUGCAGGACUGACUGCUGAUGCAAGAGUAGUGAUAAACAGAGCCCGGGUGGAAUGCCAGAGCCAUAAGCUUACAGUUGAAGACCCAGUCACUGUAGAAUACAUAACUCGCUUCAUUGCAACUUUAAAGCAGAAAUACACCCAGAGCAAUGGAAGAAGACCUUUUGGUAUUUCUGCCUUAAUUGUAGGUUUUGAUGAUGACGGCAUCCCAAGAUUGUAUCAGACAGAUCCCUCUGGUACCUAUCAUGCUUGGAAAGCCAAUGCAAUAGGUCGAAGUGCUAAAACUGUUAGAGAAUUUCUAGAAAAGAAUUACACAGAAGAUGCCAUAGCAAAUGACAAUGAAGCUAUCAAGCUAGCAAUAAGAGCUUUGCUAGAAGUUGUCCAGUCUGGUGGGAAAAAUAUUGAACUGGCUAUAAUAAGAAGAAAUCAACCAUUGAAGAUGUUUAGUGCCAAAGAAAUUGAAUUCCAAGUAACUGAAAUAGAAAAAGAAAAGGAAGAAGCAGAGAAGAAAAAAACAAAAAAGAACAUUUAAAAUCUUCAGAUGACCACUAAAAGCUUCUAAUGUUUUGUUUACUUGUUUAGAAUUACUUAGCAAAAGUUUAGAGGAAAUAAUUUAGAAUGAGCAUAAGCUUAGAUCUUAUAUGCAGUUUUAAAAAUGCCAGGUUUGUGGCUAUCUUUGGUCUGCUACAGAGUCAAGCAUAGAUUCAUGUGAAGACUGUCUUUGAAAGCAUGUUGCUUUUUUUCACAAAAAAACUUUAAGUAAAUAUAAAAAUUUAAUUUUAAAAAGUCAUGUUAUGAAGCAACUAGCUAUGAUCAAAUAAACAAUAUGAGUUAUAUUUCUUGGUUAAUGAUAAAAACAUCCAUGUGUUGGUAAAUUAUUCAAAGUCUUGUCAUUCUCUCCAAGAACUGUGAGGACCCAAUACACCCUUCAAGAUCUGAAAAUAACAGUAUGACUUUCUGAAUAGAACUCCAGUAGUUCAGAAAUUAAUAGCACUUUAUCAACAAAAGAAAUACAAGAGUGAAGAGAAUGGGUUAAAAUCUUUCCCAAAUAUCCAUCCAGCUGAAGAUUCACAUCUAGAAUAUAUGCAGAGAUAAAAAAUUAAACAACAGAGAGGGGAA